AAUUGUAAUGGAGAAAAGGUGCAAGGUGUGCGUGACAGGAGGGAGUGGUUACAUUGGUUCGUGGCUCGUGAAGAAGCUCUUAGCGAAGGGUUACACUGUCCAUGCAACUCUCAGAGACUUGAAGAUUGAGUCCGAGGUGGACCUUUUGAAGAGCCUUCCGCAAUCAGAAGAGCAACUGGUGCUGUUUGAAGCUGAUAUUUACAACCCAAUUGGCUUUGAGCCUGCAAUUCAAGGCUGCGAAUUUGUCUUUCAUCUUGCCACUCCCUUGAUCCAUCAACCCAACUCACAGCAGUACAAGGAUACUAGCGAAGCAUCAGUUGCCGCGGCAAAAAGCAUUGCCAUGUUUUGUCUGAAAGCAGGCACAGUGAGGCGUCUGAUCUACACGGCGUCUGUUUGUUCUGCUUCUCCGCUGAAAGAUGAUGGAAGUGGUUUCAAGGAUGUUAUGGAUGAAACUUGCUGGACCCCUCUCAAUGAUUCGUUGGAAUAUUUAUUCCUUCAAGAACCUGUUUACAAGGACUAUACUUAUUCAAAGACAAUGACGGAGAAACAUCUGUUGAGUUAUGGGACCGAUGAAAAUGGUGGUGGAUUAGAAGUGGUCACCCUCGCUUGUGGGCUUGUGGGAGGUGACACCCUUCACUCCUCUAUACCCGGUUUCGGGUCCGGGCUCGUUUGUAUAGCACAGAUCAUUCAAAAUGAAAGAGUGUACAAAUCACUGAAGUUCCUAGAGAAUUUGAUGGGGAAAAUUCCUCUUGCACAUGUUGAUGAUGUGUGUGAAGCUCAUAUUUUUUGCAUGGAAAACACCUCAAUGAAUGGCAGAUUCUUGUGCGCAAGUUCUUAUGUUUCAUUACAAGAGAUGGCUAAUCUUUAUGCCCUUCAUCAUCCAGAAUUCAAUGUGAAACAAGAAAACGAAGAUGGGCUGAAGAAGGAUAUCAAGUGGGUCUCUACAAAACUGUGUGACAAAGGUUUUGUAUACAGAUAUAACGCCAAGAUGAUAUUGGAUGAUUGCAUCAAAUGUGCAAGAAGAAUGGGUGCUCUCUAGUCUCCAUCUACACCCUUCCUUGCUAUAUCAGGCCUCUCCUCGUUUCAUUUUGCUCCCUAUCUGGCUAUCUUAUUGUUAUUACUAGUAUUUUUGUUUUGUUGAUGAAAUAAAAUUACUCAGUUCCAAAUCAAAAUAUAAAAAGAGAACUGAGAGGAGAGACUGAGAGUAUUACUAGUGUAUUAAUAAUUUAAUGUUGCUUCCGAAAUCAUAUGCUCGGAGACUGUGUCCUCGUUAUUGUACCUGGGUAGUCCGCAUACUUGUCAGCUGUUGCUUUUGCCUCUUAAUUGCAGUGGGGAAUGAACUAUCUUAUCCUGGGUUGCAAAUUACUCCUCUUUAUUUAU